AUGGGGGAGGAGAAUUGUACCAUUGUGACCGAGUUCAUGCUUGCUGGAUUAUCAGAUGUCCCUGAGCUGAGAGUCUUUCUCUCCCUGCUGUUCCUUCUGAUCUAUGGGGUCACGGUUUUGGCCAACCUGGGUAUGGUUGUCCUGAUUCAGGUCAGCUCUCGACUCCACACUCCCAUGUACUUUUUCCUCAGCCACCUGUCCUUUGUGGAUUUUUGCUAUUCUACAACCAUUGUGCCAAAGAUGCUGUUCAAUAUCUUAAACAAGGAUAAAACCAUCUCCUUCCUUGCAUGUAUGCUACAGUUCUACUUGUUUUGUACAUGUGUCAUCACCGAUGUCUUCCUGCUGGCUGUGAUGGCCUAUGAUCGCUUCUUGGCCAUCUGUAGCCCAUUGCUCUACCUGGUCACCAUGUCCCAGAAACUGCGGGUGGUGUUGGUGUCUAGCUGCUACCUCUAUGGGACUGUAUGUUCUCUUAUUCACUUGUGUUUAGCGCUUGAGAUCACAUCCUAUAAGUCAAAUGUGAUAAACCACUUCUUUUGUGAUCUGCCCCCUCUCUUAUCUCUUGCUUGCUCUGAUGUCACUCUGAAUGAACUGAUGCUAUACAUUGUGGCCACUUUCAAUGAGCUCAUCACCAUCAUGAUCAUUCUCACCUCCUAUUUGUUUAUUCUCAUCACCAUCCUGAGGAUGCGCUCUGCAGAGAGGAGGCGCAAAGCCUUUUCCACCUGUGCCUCCCACCUCACAGCCAUCAUCGUCUUACAGGGAACAAUCCUUUUCAUUUAUUGCCGGCCCAAUGUGGGCAACAGUGAGAAUACAGACAAGGUGGCCACAGUACUCUACACUGUGGUGAUCCCUAUGCUGAACCCUCUGAUCUACGGCUUGAGGAACAAAGAUGUGAAGGAGGCUUUUAGAAAAGUGUUGAGCUCCAACAUAUUUUCCCAGAGAAUAUUUUCUUAG